AUAUGGCAGCCCUAGCAACCGCCCGUCAACAAUCGUCGGGGGAUUCAGAGCCUCCGUCCUCCCCUGCUAACCAGGAUUAUGUGGAUCAGAGAGAGUCCAGACUGAAAGCCGUGGACUUUCUCAAGGAAGCCGAAAGCACCCGGAGACUCAUUGACAAGUUGGAAAAAGACAGGUCACUGAGUGUCCAGUGCAGGAAAAACGGAUGGACGGACGUGGCGACAGCGCUGGACGAGUACGAGAAAACACUGGAGGAACAGAGAAGUGCAGAAAAGAUGCAGCUGCGGAAGCACCUGGCCAAGAUUAAAAAUGGCGUCAGGCAAUUUAAGCAACAGCUGAUAGAUAUGAAACCAACUACAGAACUGAUAGAGAAGCUGAAGCAGAUCAUGUCCGAGGUGGAAAUUACAAUCAACAAUUUGAAAGAAGAGCAGCGCUUUCGCUUUGGAGAGCUGUUGAAGGAGGAGAGGAUGUGCGCACAGGAGAUGGCGGCCUAUGAGAAGAAGGUUGAAAACUGGAGUCUUUCCAGCAAGUCCGAUUGUAAAGUUUCUGCCGUUCCAGCUGUUAAGAGCAAAGCCUUGGACCGAGACCUCCCCUCCGAGGUCCUAGCUCUGGAAGUUUUCCUUCAGAGAACGGGAGGCAUCUGCGGCGGUUGGGAGGAGUUCGAUCACCAGGCCUUCCUCAAGGCCUGGACGAAGCGGGGCGGGCAGGCAGGCUUCAGGAACGAGGCCAAACUGUAUCUGCCCAGUAAAAGUCAGGAGGAGAUAGAGGAACACGAGCGCUGGUACCAGGAGCUGAUCCUCCUGCAGGACGGGAGGAGAGAGGCGAUCCAAAGAUGGAAAAGCGGGAAGCAACUCGAACGCCAAAGGCGCAUACAGAAGCAGGCGGAAGCGGUGGAAGCUGAGAGGAGGAAGAAAGACUCAAAGUUCCAGCAGAACAAUGAGGAGGAGAAGAAGCGGUUGACUCAGCGGCUGGAGGCGUGGAAGGAGGUCAAGAGAAGGAAAGAGGAGCGGGCGGAGGAGCAGAGACGAGCCGGGGCGAGCCACAAGGACCGAAGGUCAAAUGAGCGUCGCCUGCGACGGGAGGCCGAGCCGAGUGCCGGGAAGGAACUGCAAGGGAGCGGAGGGGAGGAGCAGCGUGACAGGAAGACGAGGAGGAGAAAGGAGGCAACAAAAGCCAUCAAAUACUUGAUUACAAGGGACCUUGAGCGAGUGCAGGCCAAGCGUCAGGAGAAGCUGCUGAUGCAAAAAGAGGACCAAGAGCGUCGGGAGAGGAUCAUGGCUAAGCUGAAGGAGAAAGUGGACGGUCACAUUGUCCGAGACCCAUCUAGGCUGACGCGGCCCACCAAGGGAUGGGAGGAGCGCAUGAAGAGCGUGGGACCUUCAGGGGUUGGACCGCUGCUUCACAUGUCUCACAGAGCUGUUCCCAGCUGGAGACUGGGGCUGUGAAGACGUGCAAGCAUUCACAGUUUUCACAGCAAACGAAUUGGGCUUUUUUUCUACGUUAUUCCAAAUGUUGCUUUGGUGUUAUACAGUCUAAUUGUUAUGAAUAAACUGAAUUGUUUUUGUGCCACUGCUGAAUCAAAUUACCCAGUGCCG